AUGAAGGCCGAGCAGCUCACAGUGCUGGAUCCGAAGGCUCCCGGGGGAUCAAAGAAGAACCCGAUGGACAUUAAGUCGCUGGUGGAUGUGUUCGCCGUGUUUGGCUUUUCAGUGGACGAUAUCAUCGACAAGCAUGACCAAUGCACGAUCUUCAAGAAGAUCCGCGCGGAGCUGGACGAUCUGCUUCGUGAUUUAGCCAUGAACACAAAGAAGUACGACAAGGCCAUUGUACUGCGUGAUAGGCUGCGAAUUAUGAAGCGCGAGUUUGUGGAGAUGCAGGGGACGUACGAAACUCGACGCCAAGAGAAAGAGGGCCAACAGUUUAGCCGUGGUAUCGUACUGGCCAAGCAGCGUAGCGAUGUCCUGUGUGCAGCACGCACGGAGGCCUGCGAGCGGGAGAUUUUACACCACCAGGAGGAACUGAAGAAGACCCACGAAGUUGAGCGAGCGCAGCUUGAAACGUAUCUAAACAAGUUACAGGAACCGCACGUCAAGUUCCCGAAGCUGCUUCUGGAGCUGAAGAACACCGAGAAGAACCUGGCCCGAUUGAAACUCUUCGAGGAUGCGAAAAACGUUUUCGUUCGUGCCGACAGCAUGGAGCGGGAUCAGCGAGCACUCAACACGGCAAAGUUUGAGAAGUUCAAGGAGAAGAAGCGCGCUUUGCUCUUGGAGAAGCAGCAACAAGAGCUUGCCGAGGCCGAAGAGAAACUGACGGAGAAACGCUACGUGGUCAUGCGAACGAAUGACAACCAUCGAAAAACGGAAGUGCAACGCAUGAAGAACCUGAAGGUUGAUAUGAAUCACGCGCACACUAUGGAUACGCACGGCAAAAAAGUUUUCUCGACAAACGCCGUGGCAGCUGUGCGUAAAUCUCACGGCGCUACAUCGAGCACAUAUCGAGGCCAGCAACUGCUGAGUACGGUUCAAGGCAAACGUCUUGAGGUUGCCAGUCUCUGCCUACUUCACGACAGCGAAAAUGGCGUUGUGCCUCCCGGAUCGGUACGAAUACUAUGCGAAUGUGUUGUGUAA